AGCUAAUGAAGCGGUCCGGCGAACGUCGGACGGCAUGGGCUUCCGCUCGUGCCUGGUGUGUGUCCUUUUGCUGACCGGCUCCAAUGUAGCCGCGCGCGACGACUUUGAUGAGGCGGUGAGCCUGGAAUCGCCAGAGGUGGCAGCCCCCAGAGCUCCGCAUCGGCUCGCCAGGAGGAGAAGCAGUGCGAUGGAAGUUCCCACCCAGGAGGAUUUGAUUGGGCAGCUGGAGGAGCGCGCGCGGCUGCGGCAUCAGCGCAGCGGCAACCUCAUGUCGCAGUUCAUGCGAGCUUUCUCGCAGAACAUGAAGUACGCCGUGCUGCAAGACAGCAAGGGUGACAUGCCAGAAGAGGAGCGUCUUCGCCAGCUCAAGGCCAUCGAGGCCGCAAGAGGAGCCUCAGCGCCGAAGGGAGCCUCAGGCGAGCGGGCAGUGAGCCUGCUGAGCUGGCCGAGGCCCGAGUCGCGGUUCAAGGCGGAGUUUGCCGAGCGCCCUCGCGAGCGCGAGAAGCGCGCCAAGAGCGGUGCACUCCACGCAUCGGGCGUGACAGCGCUAAUGAUCGCCUGCCUGGGCUCGAUCUAGCGCUCCAA